AGAGUGACGGCCGACUUCUCUGUUCGGUGUUUAAGACUUUAAGCAGUUAUACCGCUUAGAGAGAGAACCAAAAAUGGGAGCUCUUACAGCUGCUGCUCAUGUCCCUUCACUUUAUAUCCCACCAACAUCAACUAUACUCCACAGGGUCCGAUUCACAAAAACCACUAGUCCUAAUAUUCCCAUCUCAUCAAGAAACAUGUCAAAGUUCAAACCUUUGAAUACCUUAUCAUCAUCCACAGUCUCAAUAGAUUCCAUGGACCCUCCUGAUCCAGAGCUUGACGCUGAAACUGAGGGGGACAAAUUUGAUUGGUAUUCAGAGUGGUAUCCGGUUAUGCCGGUAUGUGAUUUGGAUAAGAGGGUGCCGCAUGCAAAGAAAGUGAUGGGGCUUGAUUUGGUGGUGUGGUGGGAUAGAAAUGAAAGUGAAUGGAAAGUGUUUGAUGAUUCUUGCCCUCAUCGGUUGGCUCCACUGUCUGAAGGGAGAAUUGAUCAAUGGGGAAGACUGCAAUGCGUGUACCAUGGGUGGUGUUUCAGUGGCUCCGGUAACUGCAAAUUCAUUCCUCAGGCACCUCCAGAUGGACCACCGGUAAUCAGUUUUGUAUGGAAAAUUCACAUUUUGGCCUGCCAAGAUUGAUAUUAUGCAUUCUUUGGUUCUUAGAUAGGGGUCCAGCAUACUUCAAAACUUAAAGAAGUUGUUAAUUAUGAAGUUGGUAAAUGAAUGCAAGGAGCUUAAAAUCUGUAAUUAAUGUAUAAAGUAGCUAUUUUUAC